GCAUUCUGAUAGAAGAUAACAGAAGGCAGGCCGUGAAAACAUCAGGAGGGAGAGAUAGCUCAGUGAAAGACAUUUUGGUAAGGUGAACCUUGAUGAUCCCAGUGAUCUGCAUACUGUCGAUUAUGAUAGUGAUCUUCCUGAUAGGAAUGUGUGCCCUGCAUGCAAGCAGAAGUCAAAUAUUUGCUGAGCAAAAAUCUGCUGUGUACCGCUUCCUCAUAACAACAACCUUGCGGAAAUAGCCUGCGAUAGAAACAGAACGUUUUGACUCAGCACACACAACUGGCACAGGUGCAUGAAAGAGUGACAGGACAACGAUAAUGAGACAUUGUGGUGAAAUGCUACUACUAGUGUGUGUUUAAGUUGUUUGUACAGGAGGAUUUUGUUAACAUGGAUUUGAUGGAACGAUUGACACCGGAAAUGGAUAAACAUACCACAGUUAAGGAGGAGCCACACUGGAGGGACACCAUGUUUCUCAUUCAACUUUCCUCCCGCUUAGGAGCAGGUGGGGACACGGUAGACAGUAAGCUCCAAACUAAAAGGACUGUUUAUUUGAUUGUUUUUUCAUCCAUAUAUCCUGAGUGCAAUGGCCAGACUAAUACCUAUUUGUAUUUGGCUGUUAUCUGUUGUAGACUCAUCUCAGAUGUCGAGCCAUCCCAUCAUUGGGAUUCUUGGAAAGUCCAUCAUGUUGCCUUGCAGCCUGAAUUCAUCUGCACCUGUUGUCCCAGCAAGACUCACACUAUACUGGACAGCAAGACUCAAGCACCAGAAGGAGGACCAAGUGGUCUAUGCUUUAUACGACGGAAAAGAGAACAACGACCCCCAAUUUCCAUUCUACAAAAACAGGACGCAAAUCUUCAAGGACCAGCUUUCUUCUGGGAAUUUCUCCCUCUUGCUCAAAGAUUUAAGGGUUAAAGAUGACCUUACAACUUUCUUCCUCUUUUAUCAUCAAGAGGAUGGAAAUUACAACACACUUGACCAAAACAAAGAGAUGUGCUUGACCACUGUAAAAGUAGCAAAAAGCUACCAUAAACCCAUUGUGACAGUGAACUAUGAAGAAUGGAAGGCAGAAUGCACUUCUCAGGGAGGCUACCCUAAACCUAGACUGACCUGGACCAAUCAGAACGACUUACUAGACCCCGAGGUUCCUCAGAUUGAUCAGGAUGCAGGAAGUGGAACAUUGAACAUUUCCAGCACCGUGAACAUCACAGACAAUCAGACUGUGACGUGCUCCAUCUUCAACCCGACUCUGAAAGAGACCUUGAACACCACAAGAUCAACAGGCGUGGUUCAUCCUUGGGAGCAGGGGGGCCUACUGAGCGGCAUAAAAGCAGGGAUUGGUGCUGUUGCUGUUGUUGUGAUUGGGUCAGCACUGGUGUUCGUCUGCUGGAAAAAGAGCAUGCAACAGAAUGGUGCCGAUACACAGGAGAUGGGCCCACUACGACAUUGCCUACUCCAAUGUGUGCUUACUACAAAGUGUUAAACUGGUAAUAUUGAUCAAAUUUUGAUCUAUAGAAUGUUUUUUUAAUCAAUGUUACCAUUUGACACUUAACCCUUUAAUACGUGUUGAUCCCAGGAUGUGACUGAACACAGUGUCACAGUGCUGUUAGGAUCAAGGUCACUCAAGAAUAGGGUUCUCUAGCUACUAAAAUACCUUAAUUUUGAUUGAUUAUUUGUUAGUAUAGUUGAAGUCAGAAGUUUACAUACACUUAGGUUGGAGUCAUUAAAACUUGUUUUUCAACCACUCCACAAAUGUCUUGUUAACAAACUAUAGUUUUGGCAAGUUGGUUAGGACAUCUACUUUGUGCAUGUCACAAGUCAUUUUUCCAACAAUUGUUUACAGACAGAUUAUUUCACUUAUAAUUCAAUGUAUCACAAUUCCAGUGGGUCAGAGGUUUACAUAUACUAAGUUGACUGUGCCUUUAAACAGCUUGGAAAAUUACAGAUAAUUAUGCCAUGGCUUUAGAAGCUUCAGAGGCUAAUUGACAUAAUUUGAGUCAAUUGGAGGUGUACAUGUGGAUGUAUUUCAAGGCCUGCCUUCAAACUUAGUGCCUCUUUGCUUGACAUCAUGGGAAAAUCAGAAGAAAUCAGCCAAGAGCUCUGGCUGACCUCUGGUUCAUCCUUGGGAGCAAUUUCCAAACGCCUGAAGGUACAAACGUUUGUCUGUACAAACAAUAGUACGCAAGUAUAAGCACCAUGGGACCACACAGCCUUCAUACCACUCAGGAAGGAGACGCGUUCUGUCUCCUAGAGUGGAACGUACUUUGGUGUGAAAAGUGCAAAUCAAUCCCAGAACAACAGCAAAUGACCUUGUGAAGAUGCUGGAGGAAACAGGUACAAAAGUAUCUAUAUCCACAGUAAAAAGAGUCCUAUAUCGACAUAACCUGAAAGGCAGCUCAUCAGAGAAGAAGCCACUGCUCCAAAACCGCCAUAAUGUAACGAUUCUCGUCCUCUUCGUCUGAGGAGUCUGAAGAUUCGGACCAAUAUGCAGCGUGGUAAGUGUUUGUCAUAUUUUUAUAAAAAAACUGAACACUACACAAAAUAACAACGAGGAGAAAACGAAACAGUUCUGUAAGGUGAACAGAUACUAAACAGAAAAUAAACACCCACCAACCCAUAGUGGGAAAACAGGCUACCUAAGUAUGAUUCUCAAUCAGAGACAACGAUCAACACCUGCCUCUGAUUGAGAACCAUACUAGGCCAAACACAUAGAAAUAACACAACAUAGAAAAAUGAACAUAGACUACCCACCCCAACUCACGCCCUGACCAAACUAACACAAAGACAUAAAAAAGAAACUAAGGUCAGAACGUGACACAUAAAAAAGCCAGACUACGGUUUGCAACUGCACAUGGGGACAAAGAUCAUACUUUUUGGAGAAAUGUCCUCUGGUCUGAUGAAACAAAAAUAGAACUGUUUGGCCAUAAUGACCAUCAUUAUGUUUGGAGGAAAAAGGCUGGAGGCUUGCAAGCCAAAGAACACCAUCCCAACCAUGAAGCACGGGGGUGGCAGCAUCAUGUUGUGGGGCUGCUUUGCUGCAAGAGGGACUGGUGCACUUCACAAAAUACAUGGCAUCAUGAGGUAGGAAAAUUAUGUGGCUAUAUUGAAGCAACAUCUCAAGACAUCAGUCAGGAAGUUAAAGCUUGGUCGCAAAUGGGUCUUCCAAAUGGACAAUGACCCCAAGCAUACUUCCAAAGUUGUGGCAAAAUGGCUUAAGUACAACAAAGUGGCCAUCAUAAAGCCCUGACCUCAAUCCUAUAGAAAUUUUGUGGGCAGAACUGAAAAGCGUGUGUGAGCAAGGAGGCUUACAAACCUGACUCAGUUACACCAACUCUGUCAGGAGGAAUGUGCCAAAAUUCUUAUUGUGGGAAGCUUGUGGAAGGCUACCCAAAACAUUUGACCCAAGUAAAAAAAAUUAAGGGCAAUGCUACCAAAUACUAAUUGAGUGAAUGUAAACUUCUGACCCACUGUGAAUGUGACGUAAGAAAUAAAGGCUGAAAUAAAAUAUUCUCUCUACUAUUAUUCUGACAUUUCACAUUCUUAAAAUAAAGUGGUGAUCCUAACUGACCUAAGACAGGGACUUUUAACUAGGUUUAAAAUGAAGAAAUUGUGAAAAACGGAGUUUAAAUGUAUUUGGCUAAGGUGUAUGUAAACUUCCGACUUCAACUGUAGGUACCUCAUGUUCUGUUUUAAAAAUCAAACACUUGAUCUCAGUUGAAGCUGACGUUUAUCUCAACGAGUAGCAACUCAAAAUACAAUGGAAAUAGAAACACCAAAUCACCUAGUAUUUUUCUAUCAAAAACAUAUAAACAAAAUAGACUGUCCAAUCGAUGAUACGAAUCAUGACUUCUAUACUAAACAAUUAGUGAUGAACACAACACUUUAAUAUUCACCAACACCCAAAUAGGCCUGUCAACAUUAUUGCAGUGUUCUAUUAAUUAUGCUGUCAUUUUCAAUUGUUAGUUUCCUCUCAGUUUUUUCAGGGACACAUUGAAAGCUCAGUACAGCCCCAAUGCGACUGGUUAAGAAUCACUGUGCCACUGUACCAUAAUGAUGCUGUAGGGAGGAACACAGGCAGGGCUGGUCUUAAACACAUCUGCUUUGGGUCCGCAAAGUAUUAAGCCUGGUUGACAAAAAAAGUGCAAUGAUGCCAGUUGGUUUACCUUGGUUUAAUAGAUUUUUCUUUAUUAUUUUUAUGAUCCAUGACAAUGAAGGACUGAAAAUGUUCUUUAUGUUCUCUGUUACAUUCCCAUUCAUAUGCUUCAAAUAUUAUUGUAUUAAGGGGCUAUUCUUGUGUUUUUUACUUAGCUUUCUGUACCGUGGUAAUGGGUCAAUUUUAGUUAUGCCAGCAAUUUUCAUGAUUGGCAGCUACACAGAAUCUGAUAUGACUUGAAACUUAAAUGACAAUGACCUGAAACAAGACAUUUUGAAAUGUUGUACAAUACUACUGUCAAGAGGUUCUUUGUGUUUCAACAGGAAGAUUGCAUGUUAUGUUAUUUUCUUUUUUACCUCAUUGAGCUUUUAACUAAUAAAAGAUUCCUCUUGAUA